CCUUGGAAGUUAUUUGGAUCAAAAAGAGAUCGGCUCCGAUUUCCUUCCCGAAUAUCUCUUUGAGCUACUUUUUCUUCGCUGACCGGGUUUUCUCUAGAACCCCAAUGCCCGGUGCACACUCCCGCUGCUCUGAUCAUCUGGAUACACUCUCUAUGCCUUGGCAGUUCAUGACUCUUUCACCUACAUCAACGAAACUCCUCGGUGGCAAGCAGCGUUAAACAUCCGAUUCAGCAACAACCGAACAGCAUCGACCGACUGACAAACAUGGAGAACAGUCCCGGUGGUGGUGUUAUCUUGUAUGCUGGCUCAUCCAGUAGUGCCAGUCCAAGUCCUGGCAGCCCUUCAAGUGGAUACCAGACCCAGUCGCCCUCCUCCCACUCGCAGCCUUCAUCCCCAGAGGGUGUCUCCUUUCAGGAGAUUGGGCCCCUGAAGCAGAGAGGAGAACAAGGGGGAGGAACUCCUUCCCCGCGAAUGGUCUUCCAGUUUCCCGAAGUAAACAAUGCUCCCGUGGCCCAAGUGACGACGGUAUCAUCUGCAACCUACAACCAUCCCACGGUGGCCAAAAGACCUUGUGGUUUCACUGGCACGUUCACCAAGACCGGAGGUAUGGUGCUUCUGUGUAAGGUGUGUGGGGACAUCGCAUCCGGGUUCCAUUACGGCGUGCACGCCUGUGAAGGCUGCAAGGGUUUCUUCAGACGCAGCAUUCAGCAGAACAUCCACUAUAAGAUGUGUGUCAAGAAUGAAAAGUGUCUCAUCAUGCGCAUGAACCGAAACCGGUGCCAGCACUGCCGCUUCAAGAAGUGUCUCUCCGUGGGCAUGUCCAGAGAUGCUGUGCGUUUUGGGCGUAUUCCCAAACGGGAGAAGCAGCGACUGUUGGAUGAGAUGCAGAGCUACAUGAACAGCCUCAACGAAUCAGCUUCCAUGGAAAUGGAGGUGUCGCCUCCCCCCGAUGCCCCCUGCAGUCCGCAGAACCAGGCGAGUGACGGAUCGGGCUCCGUAUCGCAGUCUUACCGCAGCAACCUAAUGAACAGUGAGGAGAAACCCCUCAAGAUGGCUGCCGGCAACAGUAACAUCGCCACGACGUCUUUCCAGAACAGUUCAGUGCAGGAACCUUCCCUGGCGCACUCAGCGAGCCAGACGCAGCACACAGUUCAGGGGGAGCAGGCCAACCUGGCAUCAAGAUACCACAUCCCCACAAACUGCUCUGUUAACCCGACCAACACUGAAAACUCCGCUAACACUAACCUUGACAACGCCAAGUACACCUUCUCCUCCAAUCAGAAUCAGUGCCCCUUCAGUGGCAGCCUAUCAUCUCAGUCCUACUCAACCAAUCAGAACAGUUACUCAGCCAGGGAUUCCCAGAACCAAAGUCCUUGCCCCUGGAAGCUAAAUGGAGGAGCCAAAGUGCUGGCUUGUCCACUCAAUUCAUGUCCUGUGGCUCCGGCCAGUCGCUCCAGUCAGGAGGUGUGGGAGUCGUUCUCCCAGUGCUUCACCCCUGCUGUGAAAGAAGUGGUGGAGUUCGCCAAGAGCAUCCCGGGCUUCCAGACUCUCAGCCAGCAUGAUCAGGUCAUGCUGCUCAAAUCUGGCACUUUCCAGGUUCUCAUGGUGAGGUUCUGCUCACUGUUUGACCCCAAAGAGAGGACAGUGACCUUCCUCAAUGGGCAGACAUACUCAUUGGCAUCACUGCGGGCUCUCGGCAUGGGCUCCUUACUGGACGCCAUGUUUGAAUUCAGCGAGAAGCUGGGAUCUUUGGGUCUGGAGCCAGACGAGAUGGCCCUUUUCAUGGCUGUGGUGCUGGUUUCUGCCGAUCGCUCUGGCAUAGUGGAGGUGGGAGCAGUGGAGCAGCUGCAGGAGAAUCUAAUAAAAGCUCUGCGCUCCCUCAUCACCAGUCGCCGCCCAGACGACAGCACCCUCUUCCCAAAGUUGCUGCUGCGUCUGCCGGACCUGCGCACCCUGAACAACCAUCACUCUGACAAGCUUUUAGCUUUCCGCAUAGAUCCUUGAGUUCGCAGAGCUAAAGCUGACUGAGGUAUCUGCUUUGGGGAACCUCCCUGCUUCCCCAUGCGAGCCUGGCCUGCAACAUACAGUACACUGGCCUAUGCAUGAUGGACAGUUGUUGUAGGAGCUGUGCCAAGUCUGAUGCUGUGUGGAAAAAAAAAUAUCAGUGAAGGAUGUAGGCACAGCAGGAGGUGGAGGCCCCUGAACUCUGACUGAUUCCUCCUUCAGCUGUUUCCAGGAUUGCUUAAAAAAAAAAAAAACUAUCAAAACAUAGACUGUGUUCUUCCUCUGGUU